AUGCCCAUAGCAGAGCUUUUGGGAGUCCAGUUCGACAUGCAGCUGCUGUUGAAACUGAGUCUCUCUGUGGCCACCGUGCUGCUGGUUUCGUGGGCCUACAAGUUUUACAACUCCAGGGAUGCAAAGAAGACUCAGAUCUGCACUGAAGACAAAAAAGAGCCAGGAAAGGCGAAAUGUCAAAACUGCAAGACGACGCUACGACGUCGCAGCUCAUCAAACCACGACACAAAUGACGGGGGCGAGCAAUUCAAGCCUUUGGACAAAGACUCUAAUGACCUGACAUCUGACAGCACUGACGAAACACCAACAGAGGCUCAUCCGUGCGAAGCCGAACAGAACGAGGAUGCAUUUAGAGUGUCAAAAAGUGACCAAAAUACCAGCAUGAAAGAAGAGAUACUCACUCUUCAAAAGGAGGCAGAGGAUGCCACCAGAAAUAUUUCAUUUGGUUCUGCUUUGAACCUUCCUCAUCCAACAGAGAGUGGGACGGCCAGUACAACGGGACGCCGCUCUCCUUGCUUUCUGCAAAAGCUGGAGGGUAGUGUGGGUGUGGGCAGGGAGUUGAGGCAGGACUUGGAGCGCCAGGGGGCCUACUCCAGCUUCCUCUCUAAGGCAGAGAUCAAAGUGGAGGAUGCUAACGUUGUGCUGGAAGGAAAAGAAGAGCCGGUUGUGCGCGGAAAGAUAUAUGAUUACUAUGUCGAGUCUUCCUCUCACUCUAUUACAGACUCGGAUACAGCACUGGGUCAGUUUGAGAGGAACUGUGAGUCACAGCCGGUGGAGUUUCGAAGCUGCAGCACAGACUCUCCCUCCUCUCUGAGCCCCAUUAUUAUGCGUGAUCUAGUUGUAGCACAAAACACCACAGAGGAUCCUUUUACGCCCCGAAGCCCCGAGCUGCAGCACCCUACAAGGCCUGCACUCCUACGCAAGGAAAGCUAUCUGUCUGCAGCUGAGCAGUCUGAACUCCCCGUCCCCUCUCUGGCAUCAACUCGCAUGACUCACUCUCUGACCUCAGCCAGCGAUGAGUCCAUCACUGUUUACCAUAUGAUCCUUUCUUCAACAGAGAGAGAUAAGAGAGAGGCAGCAGAUCUAGAGACAGUUGCUGGGGCUCCAUUUUUACACCUCCCGGCACUUGACAGUGCAGAUUUGGAAAGCUUAAAGGGUAAACUUGAUCUGGGUAACUGUUUGGAGACUCUGUGCCUGGCCAAGAAGCACGGCCAGGCCUCUGUUCAGCAAGCAGCCCUGGGAGUUAUGUCAGACAACUACCUCCAGGUUCUUAUGGACCCAAACCUUUACGGGAGGCUGAUGGCUGGCGAGCGAGAGCAAAUCAGGAAGCAGAGAAUGAAAGGGAGGAGAUUUGUGAUGGUGGCAGAUAUGGAUCCUCAAGACUGGGCGCAGAGCACAGCACAAACAGAGCAGAGACGGACAUCCAGCGCAGUGUACUAUUAUGAUGACUACAAAGACGCCUGGCACACGCUCUGCCCGAUCCCUCAGGAGGUCAUCUCUAAAGCUUGUGCCAUGUGCACAAUGGAUAACUACUUAUUUGUGGCAGUGGGCUGCCAAGGCACAGACAGAGAAAUGACACCCUCAAAGCGAGUGUUUUGCUACAAUCCUUUGACAUCCAUUUGGAAGGAGAUCAGCCCUAUGAAUGAAGCCAGGCCCCGCUGCAAACUGGCAGCUCUGGAGGGCUACAUUUACGCCAUCGGAGGGGAGUGCCUCUCCUCGGUGGAGCGCUACGACCCACGUUUGGACAGAUGGACGUUUGUGGCGCCGCUGCCAAAUGAUACAUUUGCUGUAGCUCAUCACGUCACAGUGAGCAACGGGGAGCUCUUUGUUUCUGGAGGGACUCUGAGGUAUAUGCUUCUGCGCUACAGCCCCAAAACCAACACCUGGAGGCCGAGUCUGUUAGUAUCAAGCAAAGACAGAACAACAGACAUGAUAGCAGUGGGGAGAUUUCUGUACCGGUUUGAUGUGAACCCGCUGCUGGGUAUCAGCGUGUAUCGCUACCAUACGGUGGCUCGGCUCUGGUACGAGUGCAGCUCCAAACGCCUUCAGCACUGCCCCGCCUUCCAGUGUGUCACAGUGAACGACACGAUCUACUGUGUCAGCCGCCAGUUCACCAUGAAGUUUGACGCUGAUGAGAUCUCUCCGUCUUUCAUAGAUGAGCAUUUGAGUGUCCUCUCUGCAGCAAAGGGCAUACUUUUUCCUUUUGUCCUCUCCCUUCCUGAUAAGAAGCCUCGGCAAACCAGUGUGUAACAAGGACUCCACUGAUGAUAAGAUUAGGGAGUGAUGGAGUAUUCCCACAAGAGAACACUUUACGGUGCUGUGAAAACUAUUUUCUCCUUUCUGUAUUUCUUAUUUUUAUUCAUAUUUGUCACACCUAAAUGCAUCAGAUUAUCAGACAAAUUUUACUAUUAUAACCUGAGUGAAUACAAAUGUCUGUUUUUAAAUGAUGAGUUCAUUUAUUAUGGAAAAAAUAUCCAAACCUGCCUAUGUGGAAAAGUAAUUGCCACCCCUUCAUGAAUUAACUCAUUGAUAUCUACCAGCCUGGAAAGGGGUACAAAGCCAUUUGUAAAGCUUUGGGAUUUUAGCAAACCACAGUGAGAGUCAUUACCCACAAAUGGAGAAAACUUGUAACAGUAUUGAACCUAAACUGAAUCUAAAAUGAAAAAGUAUGCUAUAACCAAAAGUUGAAUUGAAAAAUUAAAAAACUGAAAAAUUAAAAGCCUUUGCAGAAAUUAACCCUUUAUACAAACGUACCUAGCUACUUUUAUGAGAGCAAAAACUGCCAAAAAAAAACCCUUUAAAUAUGUACACGCUUUUGUUUAUGCAUCAAAUUAUGACUGCAUCUGCCUGCAGACCUCAAACUUCAACCCAAGCUACAGUAAACCCCAGUGAGAGCCAUUACCCACAAAUAGAGAAAACUUGGAACAGUGUCAAACAUUCUCAGGAGUGGCCGGCCUACCAAAAUUACUCC